AUGCCGACCAAACUCAUGAUGAUCUUCGUCGCCUUCGACAUCAUCUUCGCCGCCUGCGGAGGCCUGCUCAUGGGCUUCUCCCUCGUCUCCGAGCAGACGAUGCGCGGAGACCCGACGCUGGACAACGUUGCCCGCAACCUGCUCCUCGACCAGUGUCCCCUCACAGCCGGCGUCGUCAACGCCAUCUUCAUCUUCGUCACCUUCCUCCUCUCCCUGCCCGCCCUCUUCCUCCCCACCAACCGCGGCUGGCUGCGCGCCCAGGGCUGGCUCGUCGUCUUCUGCGCCGUCUUCACCCUCGGCCUCGGCCUCUCGGUCUGGGUCAGCACCUUGCAGACCCGCAGGCAGCUGGGCGUCAUGUGGGGCCAGCAGACGCCGCUGAUCCAGAGCUUGCUGCAGCAGAAGUUCAACUGCUGCGGCUACCACAACUCGACCUCGCCGCCCUUCAUCCAGGACACGACCUGCACCAACUCGCUCGUCGCCGCCCAAAAGGCCGGCUGCAUCGGCGACUUCAGCAAGUUCGCCAACGGCUACCUCGACCUCAUCUUCACUGCUGCGUUUGGCAUGGUCGGCGUCGAUGCCAUCCUGGUCCUGUGCGUCGCCAUGGUCAUCCAGUACCGGAAUGAGCAGGAGCGGUAUAGGCAUAUUGAUGAGAAGGUCGGGACGGGCGCGUUUUAG